CUCAAGCCCCGCAGUCCCUCUCAAGCAAGGCCUUCGGACCCGAUUCGCCCAUCUAUAAGCUACGGGCGUGUCACGGGUGCUACGAGGUUACUUCGAAGUACAUAUUUGUCGAAGCAGUUUCUUUCAGCAGGACUUGAACAAUUGUCAAGGCCUUGGUGGAAGCGACCUCAACGUCGUCCAAUCUACAUGCGAUGCAAUGUCAACAACACCCUGCGACACGGUUCCGUACUGAUGAGCUUCGUUCUGAUCUGUAAUUUUCGACGCACAAGUAUCCGUUUGUCUUUGGCAGCGCUCACAUGUGGCUAUUAUAACGCCUCGUGCAUGUCCGACGUGGCUGCUUAAAAAAGCGCCUGAUCGAAAUGCUGCUCGAUUACUGUCUCCAUGGUGUCCAUGAGAGUCGUGGCAUCGCUGAUUUCGGCGGGUUGGUGGCCACAUCGGAACGGAGACCGAAGUCAAAGAAUCCUGGCAAAACGUGUUUACCACGACGAUAGUGCACGUGUAACUGCGUGCUUGCCGUCAAAUUGCCGCAGCAUCAUCGCACACGUGCCCCUGGCUGCCAGGUUGGCAGGUUGUUGGACCCUUCCCUGGUAUCGUUUCUGUCCGGAUUACUCAGCUGUCUCCGCUACUUAAACGCACCCCUCAAAGGAUUCGCGUUACUUCAGGCAAUAAGCCAGAGCGGGCACUGUGCUCCAUAUUUCUUCGUAGUCGUAGCUCAGAAUAGGCCAAGGCGGGCAUUUCAUCCCGCACUAACGGACCGAUGCGCGUCGAGUUCGCGGUGCCCUCACCGUCUGACAGCGCCACGGACUACACGCUGGAUAUGGGCACGCAGACGCAGCCCCCCGCGUCGGCGGACCGUGCGGCGCCCGCGCCCUCCGCCCCCAAGAACUUACGUCGCGUCAACACGUUCACAGGCGCGGUCAAUGAGGAGGAAGCGCGCAACAUCAUCUCGUUACGAUAUCGUGCCGACAGUAUGGCGGACUCGGUGGCGUCCGACUCGAAGCCCAACGCAGAGACGAAGCUAUGGAACCUCUUCGAGCAGGUUUUCUGCUUCCUCAAGGGCAUGACCAUCUACCAGACACGACGGCGACUCAAGUUCACGAUCGUGUCGCAGACAGUCAUUAACUCGCUGCGUAUCUUCCCCAUUAUUCUAGGACUAAGCUUCCAGGCCACCCUGCCUGUGCUAAUCCUGUACGUGACGCUCGUGCUGGGUUGGCACGGCACGAAGUUCCUAGUGCCCAAGUUCUUGCUCAGCUACAAGAUCGGUAUGCAGCUCACGCUACUGGUGGACGUCAUCUGGUACUACAAGGGCUACAACGGAAAGCUCAACAGUGUCAGCAGCGGUACUUCGGUGCUCAUGCAGGGUUUCUUCUCCAUUUUAUUGACAAUGCUCAACAUUACCGGGUUCAUGUAUGGCUGGAAACUUCGCCGUAUCGUCAAGGCCGUACAGAACCAAAGAGAGUGUGACCGAGCUGCACUGGCCACGAUGAUGCCGUCCCCGCAGAGAGUCAACUCGCUACACCAGACGCUGUCAAUUAACCCGUCGGCCGAGAUGGACGAGGAAGAAGUUCCGUCUGCGCGUCGUAAGAUCACUGUAGGCCCAGGAGUCCCGAACAACAGAACAAGACGCACUCAAUCGGGUGUGCCAGCGUCGCUUCCUGAUGUCUUGAAGACCAAGAAACAACGCAGGAAGGAGGCAGAGGCCCAGGAGGAGGCGCCCGUGUUCUGCUCCAAUCUCAUCAUCACGAGCAAGUACACGUACUACAAUUUCCUGUUCGUCUUCCUCAAGAUGCAGUUUAGUCGACUGGCCAACCUGUACACGACGAUUGUGGUGGCGUUGUGUUUCUUUGAUUUCUCGCCCGUCAGUCCCGUGGCCAGUCUUACACCGCUGUUGAUCGUGUUUGCCACGUCUGCGCUGAAAGAUGUGAGCGAGGAUCGUCGCAGACAGAAGGGAGACGCUCAGGUGAAUUCGAGAUCGGCUCAUAUUGUGCGUCGCGACGUGCUAGAUGAGGUGAUGCAUAUUGACGGCACUUGGCAGGACAUUGAAGUGGGAGACGUACUGCUACUUAAGGACGGUGAUCAGGUUCCUGCGGACUGCAUUCUACUGGCCACGAGUCGACCGGAUGGCAGAUGUUACGUGGAGACAGCAAACUUGGACGGAGAAACGAACUUAAAGAUCCGACAGGUGGCCAGCUGCACGAAGCACUUCUUGACUGCUGAAGAGAUCUUGGACCGGUAUACGCUCGAAGUGGAGUGUGAUGUGCCAAAUAAGGAUCUGUUCUACUUUGACGGUGUCUUAAAGCUGAAAAAAUUCGCAGACGAAGCUGUUGCGGACACUACCAACAAAGAAGACACAGAGACCAGUUUGACGAUGGACAAUUUGAUUCUACGAGGCAGUGAAAGUCGCAACGCCGAGUGGACGCUUGGACUUGUGAUUUACACGGGCAAGGAGACGAAAGUCCAGAUGAACUCGGUCGCUGUGCCACUUAAGCGAAGCUUCGUGGAGAAGACUUUGGAUACUAUGUUCGUGCUGGUUCUGAUGCUGCUUUUCGGAAUUUCGAUUGCUUGUACACUGGGAAACAACAACUGGAACUUGGAUCUGGCGGACGAUUCAACACCGUGGUACAUUAAGGAAGAUUCGAACGGCUACAUCUUCUUGAGUUACGUGAUUUUGUUUAACAACUUGAUCCCGCUCUCGAUGUACGUGACGAUGGAAGGUGUACGCUUUGUUCACGCGCGAUACAUCGAAAACGAUCUGGAAAUGUAUGACGUUAAGACCGAUACACCAGCGCAGGUUCGCAACAGUAACAUCAACGAAGAUCUCGGACAGAUCCAGUACAUUUUCUCGGACAAAACAGGUACACUCACGUGCAAUGAGAUGAUCUUUGCCAAGUGCACGAUCGCCGGUCUCCGCUACAAUGACAUUGAAGUAGAUCCUGCGAAGCGGGCGAGACCAGGCACACGCUUUAACGAUGGCCGAUUGCUGGCGCGAUUGAACUCGAACCACUCGACGAAGAAGGAAAUUCACGACUUCCUGCUGCUGCUUACAAUUUGCAACACUGUGAUCCCUGAAACCAACGUUCCUACGUCUCCUACGUCGAGCAGUGACUCGUGUUCGGUCGAAACGCCAACAAUCAAGUACAACGCGUCGUCCCCAGACGAGGAGGCUCUUGUGCUGGCUGCUGCUGACCUCGGCUACGUGCUCGAGUCGCGUGACGGUUCAUUGUGCCACACUCUCAUUCAGGGAAGACCUAUGUCUUUUGAAAUUCUGAAUGUGUUGGAGUUUAACAGCGACAGGAAGCGUAUGUCGGUCAUCGUGCGAUUUCCUGAUGGUAGUAUCGUGCUCUACUGCAAGGGCGCUGAUGAUAUUAUUUUCGAUCUGCUGUCCAAGUCGCAGCCCCAGGGUGUAGCGCACGUGACUCGUGGUCAUCUCCAGGAGUAUGCAUCGGAAGGUCUUCGAACUUUGACGACGGCUAUGCGUCGUCUCACUCAGGAGGAAUAUGACCAGUGGAAUCAACUGUAUCGUCAAGCAGAAUUCUCUAUGGAGGGCCGUGCUGCCAAGAUCGCCAAGGUUUCAGCCAUUAUUGAGGUGGAGUUGACGUUGCUUGGUGCGACGGCUAUUGAAGAUAGACUGCAGGACGGUGUCGAAGAGUCUAUUUGUGCUUUACGCAAGGCUGGCAUCAAGUUCUGGGUGCUCACUGGUGACAAGAAGGAAACUGCUCUUAGUAUCGGUAUGUCGUCGCAUGUGAUCGAUGACAACAUGGAUGUCAUCGUGUUGGGUCAACGUGACAAGGGCUCUCUGCGUGCAAGACUGGAGGAACUAUACGUCGACCUUGUGGAGGACAAGUGGGGAUCAGAUGAAACCUCGUCUGCGACUAGUGUGUUGUUGGAAGCGUUGAAGAGAGCCAUCUUGUACUUGUGGGAUCUCGUAAAGCUAGCGCUGGUGGGACGUGAUGAAGAAGCAGAGGCACGAAAAAAACGGAGACGUCUGCCUCGUCGUGAACACGCUGGCGCUGAUGCAGCGCCGACAGAUAGUCCUGCUCAUUACGAUGAGGUGUAUCCGGCUCUUCCAAACCGUGACAUCACUGAGAACAGCUUUAACCGAGAUCUGUGCGACCACGACUUCGAACCGAAGACCGAUAACAUGACCGGAGGCACUAACAGCAUGAGCAGUGGUGAUUUCAUCGAUGAAGAACUGGAGUUCGCCAUGGUGAUCGAUGGUAAAACCCUCGCACUGGUGCUGGAUGAUGACAUCAAGUACCUGUUUUUGGCAGUGGCGACGCAAUGCAAGUCGGUGAUUUGCUGUCGUUGCUCCCCCUCUCAAAAGGCAUCCGUGGUGAAGCUGGUUACGGAGCCUACGCUCAUGUUCUCACCAGGCAAUAUCACGCUUGCUAUUGGCGAUGGAGCCAAUGAUGUUCCUAUGAUUCAGGCUGCAAACGUGGGUGUGGGUAUCAGUGGCAAGGAAGGUCGUCAGGCCGUUCUCUCUAGCGACUAUUCUAUCGCGGAGUUCCAGUACUUGAAACGUCUGUUGUUAGUGCAUGGCAACUACAGCUACAAGAGAAUUUCCAAGCUCAUCUUGUUCUCGUUCAUGAAGAACGUGGCAUUGUCGAUGUCGAAUUUCUUCUUGGCGAUGGAGACGAUGUACAGUGGGUUACUAAUGUACUUCAGCAUCUUUUUCACGCUGUACAACGCACUAUUCACAACGAUCCCGAUCGUGGUUAUUGCCAUGUACAACCAGGACGUGUCUCCUGCUGUGUUGAUGCAGUACCCGACGCUGUACGUGAACGGCCUGAAGAACCGGUCGUUCAACUGGCUAUCGUUUUUCGGCUGGUGUGUACUUGGUGCGUGGCAUGCUUACGUGGUAUAUGCGGUGCCGUUCUUCACGAACGGCUCUAUCGUUUGGUACUUCUCGAGCGAUUCAUCGAAGCUUCAGUUCGACAAACGCGACUUGGGUCUCUGGGCAAAUGGUGUCGCGUCAUACACGUACCUGAUCACAGCCUCGACGGUGCAAGUGUCGCUCAUGACGAGCAAUUGGACGCGUGCGAACGUCUUGUCAACUGUGGGCACGUUGGUGUUCUACUAUCUGUUUACAGCUUUCUUCUGUGCUGUAUUCGGAUGGACUAAGGCCGAUUUUUACGACACUGAAGUGGGUUACGGAGUGGUCAGUCAGCUGGUGAACGAAGGCUGGUUCUGGCUUGGUCUUCUGUUCUCUGUUGUCGUGGCCAUUCUACCCAACUACAUCGCCAAGGCCGGACGAGUACUGUUCUACCCGGAGCCGUCGCAUUUGAUGCGUGAGUGGAAUCGUCUGGCUAAGGGCGAAGACGCAGCUGUGGUCAUGGACUCGCCACGUCUUGUGCGCCGUAACACGGGCUUCGCAUUCUCACACUGUCCUGGCGAGUCGGAGAUGGCGCUGGGCGUUUACCGAAGCAGCAACAUGCGAGAACAAUCGAGAGCAGGUCAGAGGUCGGAUCUCUCAAAUGUUGGCAUGCGUGUGCAAUCGCCUUCGUCAUCAACUGCAGACGGUUCUUCGCCGUCCCCAAAGGCUUUGGAUUAAUAUACUAAGUACAAGUGUUUUAGAACCUGUGUGCAAGUGUUGAGGACGAGUUCAUACUGUAAGUGUUGCGCUUUACAAGUAGUGUUUUUUUUUUUCUCUUCUAGAAGAUCUGGUCAAGAGGUAUUUGUUCGGAGAGAUGCGAGUCGAUGGCAAGCUUGGCGACGUACUCCUUGUUGUCACUGAUAGCUGGAGGUACAAAAGGAUUAUUAGUCCUUGCAACCUUGAAUACGAACUGAAGACAAGCGUACCAUACGAAGGACAGCCGACGAUCCAAUUUGCCUGGUUGAAGCGUUCUAUGUCGGAUGCUGAGCGCUUGGAGCGCAGUUUUGGCAUGGGUUCUUCUUGUGCGAGGCGGUUAAGCAGAGCACGCUCGUACUUGGCUCGUAAAUCUGGUCGCAAAAGCUGUUGCGUGCCGCUAGUAGCGGCUAACUUUUCCUGUAAGCACGGUGUUGGAAUUGCUGUGGAAAACAAAAACACAUCGUUGGCGACAUCGAUUGAGGUUAAUGAUAUACACUUACCGUCGAAGUAGUUGGGGAUUCCCUUCGCAACACGGGGCUUCUCCAGUAACCGAGCUAGACCGGGAAAGACGCUGCGGAUCAGCGCUGGCACGUACUCGAAGAGCACGGAGCGCAUGACCACAACGGUGUAGCCAGUCACGAAAAAUGCGAACAGAACCACGACUUGAGGACGCGUAACUCGAGAUAUCAACUGGCCUCGCUCGGUGUCGAAUAUAGGGAUACCCUCACCAGGACUGUAUUUGUUAUUCAUGGUCGCCUCCUGGAAUGUUGUGUCGCUGUCAGACUCGAAGACGCGGUCGUUGGAGAACAUCCACAUGGCGAUGAGGCAAUGCAUCAACACUGCGUAAGGAAGUAGUGACCCUGCAGCGGAGGCUAACUUGCUGUCGUAGACAGGUGGUGACCGAGCAACACGGAGAAAAGCUGGCAAGCGAUCGAGUUAGUCAAAGCACCCCCACAAAUUUCAUGGUUGAGGUUCACUUACUGAAUUUGUCGGCCCAAUAUGUCAUGAACAUUGCACCGAAUCCGAUGAAAUGGAGCAGCGGCAUUCCCGCUGAGAACUGCAAGGCAAUCAUCAACACAAUUAGUUAUUUACGUUUUAGAGAAGCCACAAACUCGUACCAUAUACGUGAUGAAGAUGGACGUCAGCGAUUGAGCGUAGCGUGCAGCGAGAUCGAACUUUGGUCCACGGUAUAACGCUUCGAGAUCACGCUGCGUGUCUUGUUUUGUCAGAGAAUGAUCGAAAGAGUAUCCUCGGUCGAUAAAGCGCCGGGCCUUGAGCAUGAUAUAGUUUGCCAGGAGAUACAAAUGUGUACUAAACGAGUUGAGAAUCAUGGUGAGCAUGAGUGUCACACCGACGUCGUUAUACCAGUCUGCUGAAAAAUCUGAAUACUCUCCGUUAAGAAUUUCCAGUAUUCCAAGCGAAAACCCUCCCGCACUCGUCGUCUCUGAUACCGUUGGCGAUGAAGAGAAAUAAUUGGUAUUUGCGUUGAUGACUAGCAUCAGCAGUGCCGUGUUGCAAAACUGAGCGAGGAAAACUUUGGUAACUCGCGACGCGACCUGACUAGAUUGGGUAUGAUGUUUCUCCAAGGCAACUAGCGCAUUUAAAAUUCGUGCCAGUAUUAGAUUCACUGCCACAACCAACAGCACCGAAGCAAUUGACAAAAUCUGGGUCGUCACAAAUGUUGUUGCCCAUGAACGACAUAACAUCUCAUCCUCCCCUGUUUCAGGAUUGUAAAAACUUUCAUACAUCAUGCUUCGAAAAGAGCUGUAAAGCAACAAACACACAAAAAGAGUUCCCGGGUUAGAUUUGACAGUAUACUGGCGAGUUGAAUUGGGGUAAGCUUACUGAUCAACGAGAAAAUUUUUGCAGUAGCAUUCGACGAGAGCUUUGUAUGGUACGAGCUCAGUAACCUUGUUCAGCUCGUCUUGGACGACAUCAGACUUGAGAACUUCAGUCGGACAACUAGUUGGUCGUCCAAAUUGCCUUUCAAGUUUACUUUUCUGCUCUUUCGCCACAAAAAUGAGCACGAAACUCACAAACAACACUGACAACGUGAUUAAUGCCACGGCCUACCAAAUAUUAAUUGCACAUGUGAGUUUAAGCCCAUUAAGAAGUCAAAUAGGCACGAUCGAGGCGUACCAAUUGUCGGAAUACUCGCUCCACGAAUGCGUAGUGCAGGUUUUCCCAAAUGAUGUCGGUGGGAUCCGGAGCUGGGCGGAAUCGAAGUCGUUUGCCAUGAAGUCGCUUGUAAUAUGGCUGAAAGAGACGAUGAAGCCACCCGAGGUCUGGGUACUCUUGUAGGCAGCGAUGAAAACCUUCUUCCUCUUCGAAUGUCACGAAAGCGGUCACUGCUUGAGAAAUAUUGUAGCGCUUUUGAUGAGCGUGCCACUGCUCUAGCUUAAUGUCAAAGCGAUGCAGCUCUGUCUCUAAUUGGUUUAUAGCGCGCAAGUGCCGCUGUUCUCGUCUGGUGUACACACGUUCAUCUAGUCGUCCAUACAAGAGUUGCAGCUUUUCAUGACGCUGUUGGGCAAUUUCUAGGCGCCGCACGAUCACUCCGCGGCGACUGAGUAAACGUAGAUGACGUGAUUUGCUUUUGCCAAACUGAACGUCGGCAACACGAAUACGAUCAAGCUCCUCCGCGAAAGGUGGGGCGUUACUCAAGGCAGCUUCUAGAUGUAGGCGAAUCUAAUUGCACAAAUAGAAUUAGAAACUAAACUUCAGCAAUCUCUCAAGCUAAUGCAAAUUUACCUCCUGACGUAGC